UCGAGCGCCUGGCAUCUCCCGGAGCUCCGCGGCGCACCGGGCCGCUGACACGGCGCAGCGCCGCCGCAGAGCGAGCCAGCGAGGCGGCCGGCGGAGAGCGGAGGAGCGGCACGGAGCGGCGGCCGGAGGCUCCGGCUCCAGCCCCGGAAAGAAGCAGGCAGCCUCUCCUCUGCGAUCCGAAAACACACACUCACGCGCACACACACUCACGGGCCCCUUCCAAGCGAGAGGAGGCUCCACCAUGUAGGCCGGCUGCGGUCCAGUGGGACGCCACACUGCUCUCUGGGGGAGGGGGCUGUGGACCAUGGAGCCCCCAGGGACCAGCAAUGGGCCCCCACCCUUCAAGUCAGCACAAGACCAAGACAACUUCCUCAACUGCACCUUAGAGUCCUCAUGUUCUCCGAGCCUGAAGCGCGGUCUGAUGUCCUCCAAAUGCCCGUGGGGCCACAGCGGAGACGGGGGUCCGGGUCCGGUUCCGGACCCCGGGAGGAGCGCACAGAGGAGCGUCAAGUCCUCAGCCUUCCCCUCCUCCCUCAGUUGGGACUCCGACUCGGAGAGAGAGACACUGGAUGAGGAGGAGCUACAGAACUUUUCUAACCCUCACGGUCUGGCUGCUCACAGCCCGGGAUCUCCUUCUGCUGGACUCAGACGCGAGCGGGAAGGCGACCAUGAUCCUGAAAAACCGCACCACUUCCAGUCUUCAACGGACACUUCUGCCCCCCUGGAGGGGCAGGAUGACAGCACCCAGAGCACAAAGCCCCAGCAGCCAAACACGCCCCGGCCCUGCCAAGCAGAAUCGGCGGACGGUAAAGUCUGGAAUGUAUCUGAGGGAUCCGAGCCAUUUCUGUCCAAAGUGAAACCAAAGGAAGUGUGCCAAAUGGAGGGCAGUGCGCACAACAGCGAGGGGGAGACAGCGCUCAGGGGAACGGAAACAAAGGAGCCCGAGAGGGACGUGUACACCUUCCCCGGAGACUCGGACCCCGAGAGCCCCCCUCCCGCUCCCUGGGCUCACUGCACAUUCAUCCAGCGCUGCAGGAAGAAGAGGGUGCUGCUCAGGCCCUUCUCCGGACUCGGCACGGCGAAGCACCCGUCACCCGAGUCACCCGGCACCUUGACCAGACCGAAUCCCCCCAAAUCCAAAAACCUUGACGCGGCGCCGCUGAGUCCAGGCGGGGGGCUUUACGACUUCGAGGAAGUCAGCUUUGAAGAGGGAACGGCGGAGUCGGUAAAAUUCAGAGACAGAGGAGGGAAAAGCGACAAAGAAGAAGCAGAAGAAGAAGGAGGAGCGGAUCCAGGCAAGGAGAUCUUCACCUGUGUGGAGUGUAGCAUCUACUUCAAGAAGCAGAUCCACCUUCAGGAGCACAUGAUGGAGCACUGUGAGGGCGGCCCCGGCGCCGGGCGGCGCUUCGGGAAGGGCAGCCGCUUCCGGUGCGUGGAGUGCGGCUGGACGCUGCCAAACCGACUCUCCCUGGCCGAACACCACCGGAGACACCAGGAGUCCCGCCAGAAGAUCCUGGCAGAGAUCCAGAAGCUGAACCAGAACGAGAGCGCCAGUCUGACCAGGGACGUCGAGGUGGAGACAAACGCCCACACGGGGACAGAUCCAGAGGUGGUCCAGGCUCCGCCUCUGUCGCCGGAGCCCGUCUCGACGCCGGCGCCGGCUCGAACCCCGGCUCAGACCCGGGCUGCGCCCGCCUACCGCCGCCGCUUCGUCUGCACCAAGUGUAACUUCAGCACAAGAACGUCCCAGGCACUGGCCAACCACUCCAAGACCCACAACAGGAAGAGACCGCCGCUCCACGCCGACGCCCCGCCCCCCGGCUCACCGUCCGGCGUGGCGUCCACUUCCCUGGCCUGCGCUCACUGUGCCUUCCUGACCUCCAGUCAAGCCAUACUGAGGGAACACCAGCUCCUGGUCCACCCGGAGGAGGGGCCGGCUGGCGGGAUGCCGGACGAGGGGAAAGGUCCGCCGAUUCGGUCAAACAUGGUCGUGAAACUUUCAAAACUGGAUUCUGCUUCUCUGUCGGAGUCCAGGAAGUCUCAGCCCGACAGCAAGAGCCAACAGGGACCUGCUCCGUCUGAGGACAGCACAACGCCGGACGGCUCUGCAGCUCCGCCCACAACCCAGGGGGUCUUCAAGAGUGCCGGGAACCGGAGGUUCAGCAGACGAGGGAAGCUGUGGGCCGAUCCAGACCAGUUUGAGCCCAGCACAGAAGACAACAGGCUGCCGGAGAGGGACGACACGGAGCAGGACCAGGACCAGGACCAGGACCAGGGGCUGAGGAAAGACCAGAUCCCCGGGCGGUCCAGAGAAGACGUCGACUCGUCUCUGGAAAUGAAGCCACGUCUCAAAGUACCAAUCAGCUCAGAUGACUGCUCCUCGCCACAGAGAGCCUCGCAAUCAAAAGCUGUGAAGGACGAGGACGAGCGGGAGGCGCCCAAAGACGGGAAGGUCUUCUUUUUGAGGCGGAGCGCCCGGGUUACCGCCGCUCCCGCCGAGUCUGACAGCGAGGACGACGACGGCGACAUUGACGAGGAGCGCGUGCGACGUUUCCUGUCAGAGGGCAUCCUGGAUGAAGACAAUGAUGAGAUUGACGAGGACACGGAGGCGCUGAGGAGCGUGGAGAGGAAGUGCCCCUACUGCCCCGAUCGAUUUCACAACGGCAUCGGGCUCGCCAAUCACGUGAGGGGCCACCUGAACCGAGUGGGCGUCAGCUACAACGUGCGUCACUUCAUCUCCCCCGAGGAAGUCAAGGCGAUCGAGAAGAAGUUUUCCUAUCAGAAGAAGAAAAAAAAAGUCGCCAACUUUGACCCGGACACGUUCAGCGUCAUGCACUGCGAGUUCUGCAGCGCCGGCUUCGACACCCGUGCCGGGCUCUCCAGCCACGCCCGGGCCCACCUCCGGGACUUCGGCAUCACCAACUGGGACGUGACCAUCUCGCCCAUCCACAUCCUGAGGGAGCUGUUCUCCAGCAGGCCGGACCUGGUGAUCCCCACAGCGCCGCCUCGCAGCCUGGGCUCCCCGGGGGAGGAGGAGGAGGAGGAGGAGGAGGGGGGGGAGGGGGAGGAGGGGGAGGGGAUCAUUGAAGUGAAACUGGAGGGGGACACCAGUGAUGAAAGGACGCUGAGUGACGACGUCCCCGACGGACUUCCUGCUGCGUCUCCUCGACGCUGGAAGAAGGAGGACGGCCUGCAGGAGUGUGACGGUGAUGAGGAGGAGGCAGGCGAGGAGGAGGACGAUGAGGACGAGCUCUUGGCGCUGGACGGGCUGAGCUCCGGUCGGAGGGACGCCGACGGCCUGGCAGCCGGAGACGAUGCCGACGCCAAAGUCCGCUACUUGAAGUGCGAGGUGUGCGGCGCUCGGUUCGAGACCCGGCGGGGCCUGUCCAGCCACGCCCGCUCCCACCUGCGCCAGCUGGGCAUCACGGUGUCGGAGUCCAGCGGCGCCCCCAUCGACCUGCUCUACCAGAUCGCCAAGGACAGCGGCGCUGACGGCGAGGCGGGCCGGCGUCUGCUGGAGCCGCCUCCGGCCGAGACGCCCCCCCCGCCCCUCACCGUGAAGGAUGAGGAGCUAGACGACAUGGACUUGGACCAGAAGCCCAUCCCGCUGCCCGUCCUGGCCAGAGUGGCGCCGCCGUCGUCGUCCUCCACGCCCACGCCAUCGCCCGGCGCCUCCCCGGCGCCGGCUCACUCCGGGUCGCCGUCCUCGGUGGUGAAGAAAGCCCCCAUCUCGUCGCUGCUGCCGGUGUCGUCGCCGCUGCGCUCGUCCGAGCACAAGGCCGCCGUGCUGAAGAGCCUGAACUGCGGCCUCUCGGCCCCACCCACCAUCGCCAAGCCGCUGUGGGCGCCGCAGGAGAACGACGCUCCGCUCAACCUCACAUUGGAGGUGGACCCCAACAAGGACAUUGUGUGCCAGCUGUGCGGCGCCUGGUUCGAGACCCGGAAGGGCCUGUCGAGCCACGCUCGAGCCCACCUGCGGCACUUCGGGGUGGAGUACUCCGAAUCCAAGGGCUCUCCCAUCGACCUCCUCAACCAGCUGAUCGACACUGACGACUUCAAGCACAAGGCCAGUACGAUGCAGCUGGACGGCCACGAUGAGCCGCGAGGCCCGGCGCCCUCGCUGGCCUCCCCGAAGCAGUCCCUGCUGGCGCUCUCGUCCGCCGCCUCCUCCUCCUCCUCCCCGUCGCUGAUCUACAAGGUGACCGCCGCCGGGGGCGGCCCCGCGCCCAAAGCUACCUCUUCGUCCGCCUCGUCUCUGCUCGGUCCGCCCACCAAGCGGCCCAAGUCCUCUUCCAUGCAGGUCUUCCGCCUCAGCAGUGGGGAGCUGAUGGCCCUUCCACACAGUGAACCUCCAAAGGAAAUAGGCUGCGAGUUCUGCGGGGAAUACUUCGAGAACCGUAAAGGCCUGUCCAGCCACGCCCGCUCCCACCUGCGCCAGAUGGGCAUCACCGAGUGGUCGGUCAACGGCUCGCCGAUCGACACCCUGCGGGAGAUCAUCACCAGGCGGGGUCUGCCUUGUGCUCUUCCUCUGAAACCUCUGAAGACCCCCCCUCCGUCCUCCCCGGGCCCGCCCCGCUCGCCGCUGUCCCCCUCCUCGUCCCCCUCCGGCACCCUGCUGGGCCGCCUGCCCUUCGCCUUCGCUCGACCCUCCAGCCCUCCUCAGUCCGUGGCGUCCAAGUCCAGCUCGGGGUCGUCCGGCGGGCUGCUGCUGAAGAUAAAGCCCGAGCCGGUUCAGCUGGAGGUGACGGCGCCCGGGUCUGCGGGGAGGUCUGGCGGGUUUUCCACCGAAUCCAUCGGCUCCAGCUGGAGCAGCUCGGACAGCGCGUUCCCGCUCAACUACGCCAUGGCCCACGAGGUGGAGCCCACCCGGGACAUCCGCUGCGAGUUCUGCGGGGAAUACUUCGAGAACCGUAAAGGCCUGUCCAGCCACGCCCGCUCCCACCUGCGCCAGAUGGGCAUCACCGAGUGGUCGGUCAACGGCUCGCCGAUCGACACCCUGCGGGAGGUCAUGCACAAGCGGGGGGCGGGCGGCUCGUCCCGCUCGGACCACGGGGUGAAGAAGGAGUCGGGGCAGGGCGCCGGCAGCCCGCAGUGGGACGCCGCCUCCGAGGGUUUGGCUGUUUCGGGUUUCCAGUCCACCAAGUUUCGGAAAUCCCCCCUGAGCCUGCUGCAGUCCGGGCCCAGGCUCCACAAGCAGGGCGUCGGGUCCGCGGGGGCCUCGGCCACCCUGCCUGCAGGGAAGUUCUUCAGGAUGUCCCCCUUGGGGAAGAGGCCCCUGUCGGAGGAGCCCCACUCGGCGGACGCCGCCCACUCGGCGCCACACCGACUCAAGACCUUCUCACCUCUUCCACAAGACUUCUCCUUCAAGAGGAAGCCUUCUCCAGACAAGCACGGACAUCAGGAUCCCAGCUGCGAGCUGUGCGGCUUCUACUUCGAGAACCGCAAGGCGCUGGCCAGCCACGCCCGGGCCCACCUGCGGCAGUUUGGCGUGACGGAGUGGUGCGUCAACGGCUCGCCCAUCGAGACGCUCAGCGCCUGGAUGCGCAGCAGGCCGCAGAAGGUGCUGGAGAUGCACCGCAGCUACAUGCAGGGCAACCGCUCCGCCCAGAAGAAGAAGCCCCCGUCCAGCUCCUCCUCCACCUCCUCGUCCUCCCAGUGGGCGUCCUCUCUGGCCGUGAGCCUGGUGCGGCCGCAGGGCCGCGACCCGGCCCCGGGGGGCUCCUCCAAGACGCCGGAGGGCGACCACGGCGGCGGCGGCUCGCAGGCGGCGGCCUUCAGGGCGGGACGCAGCAGCCCCGGCCUGUCGCGGCUCGGCGGCGGGCUUCAGCUGCAGGCGCAGGUGGCCCGGAGCGAGCUGAACGUCCGCCUGCCCAGAGGGUUCGAGCGCCGGCCCCUGAAGCACCCGUCCUGCCCCGACGGAGCGGAGCGGGACAGCGGCCCCCCGAAGCCGCCACGCACAGGCACCGUCCCCGCCCUGGUGCCCAAACCGCCCUCCUACCCGCUGGUCAAGCUGGUGGGGAAGUUCUACACCCUGAAGUGCCGGUUCUGCGAGGUGGAGUUCCACGGCCCGCUGUCGGUGCAGGAGGACUGGAUCCGACACCUCCAGCAGCACAUCCUCAAGAUGAACUACAGCAAGCCGGCCGCCGAGUCCCCGGGCCGGGCCUCCGCCUCCAGCUCUACCUCCAGAACCACCUCCACCGCGCCCGCCCUCGGCUCCGCCUCCGGCCCCGCCCCCACGCCCCCGGCUCCUCCCGCCCUCACUGCCACAGAGAUAGUACAGGUCUCAGAGGAGCCUCCCGCCCUCGCCCCCACCCCCAUCCCCCUCCAGACCCAGACGGCGUAGGCUCCGCCCCCUCAUUACUGCCUCCCCUCGCUUUCUUUCUCUUCGUCCGCCCGUUUCGUUCCGUUGGCCUUCACAAAGUGUUGUACAGGAGGAGCGCUCUCCCCCCAAAGAGCCCUCCGAGCCCCAAGCACCUUCGAAGCAGCUCUCCAGACUGUUACUGCGUCCCGUCGCCACGGGAACCAAGCGCCACCGGGGGAUGGGCCACAACGGGAACUGUCCAAGGUCCUGAGGAGAAGUGGACUAAUAUUGAGUGUUUGCCUUGUUUCUAUUGAAUGUCCAGACGUUAAACGUGGACCGUUGCUGUACCUCUACCAUACAGUAGGUUAAUGUAGCCCUUAAUCAAACCUUUUCCAACGUCGACUGCAGCUCCUCCAGAACCCUCCCCCUUCCUGAGAUCCUGUGAGGCCACCACCAUUUCCACAGGCUGGUUGCACUGAUUUUACUCAAAGGUACAAUAUGUAAUAUUUACAGUUCAAAACAUCGAAAAUAGUCAACAAAACAGGAGAGAAGAACAGUGACGACGUUUGAAAAUUUGCGCUGCUAAAAUUAGAGUCCUGUAAUACCACUUACCACCAGUAGGUGAUGUGAUGAGUCGCUCUGUUGUCCAACGAGAAAGAAGGAAGCAAGCGCCGACUUUUCUGGAUGCCUCUUUCUUGUUGGAAGAAACAGACGAGAUGCUACAGUGAAACGCACAAUCUUGACAUUACUGCUGUUUCAGAGAAGUCGAUUUAGAAACAAAUAUUUUUUUAAAACCUUUUUUGAAUUUGAAAAAAAAAGCCAAAACAUGUGGAAAAGCUUCAGCAGUUCCCUCCAGUUUGACCACUUGCCUUGAUAAUCAGCAGAGCAGAGCGUCUAACGGACGUGUUCUGGUUCUGCUUCCAGCAGAUGUUAACCAUCCGCCAACCAGCAUCUCGCACUGCGGCUCCCCAACACACUGGAAUGCUACAUAUUGUACCUUUAAAAGGUCGAGACGGAGAACAAAUGAAAAUUCGAAUCACGCAAAGACCUUUGGUUGAGACUUUAAACAUUUAUUGUGAAAAAAAAGGCACUUUCAUGGUUGAUAUUGUCACUCAGCACUUAAUGAUGUUUUCCCGUUUGUUUCGAUGGGAGAACUGUUUUCACAGACUAAUUGGUUGAAGAAACAAGAAGCGGAAGCACACCCCCCCCAAAAAAGGGAAAAAAAUCCCCCUUUCCCUAAAAAUAACUUUAUAAUGUAAAAACUGACCCCAAAAAUCGACUUUUUUUUGCUUGAAUGUAGCUUAAAGCACCUAUUGAAACCUUAUAUGCACACAUUUGUACACAAUCAAACCGAGGCCCGUUCAGUUCCCCGCGAGGCGCCGUUUCAGUUCCACCUUCUGGAAUUCAGAAGGUCCCUUUUCCGUUCUCUUCCUGCCUAACCCAAAUAAUUUAUUUAUUGUUUUGCAUCUGAAUGUGGUAAGCUAGGUCUUCUUCUUCUUCUUUUUUCUUUUUUUUUUUUUUUUAACGCUAAACAUUUUAACUUGGGAAUGUUUGGAAGCGGUUCGGCGCUGCUUAAGUGUGUGUAUGUGUGUGUAUAUGUGUGUGUUUUCUCACACUUGCCGAGUUGUUUUCCAUGUCGGAGGGAGAGACGGGAGUAAACCUCGCCGGAUCAGGACUGCGCUGCGUCCGUUCGUCACGUUUCAGGAUGUGCCAAAGAGUCUGUUUACUUCCUGGUCCUGCCUCUGGAAAAGCUGUUUACAUUGGACCUGAUGGUGGCGGAGCGACCCCACCGCACACACACACUCACACACACACACACACUGAACGAUGGACGGUGCCAAACCCAGAGAGGCCUCCAGCUGCGGUUUGGUUUCUUUCUUCAGAUCGGAGGCCGCCGCCGCCCGCCGGACACGUGACUGUUCGACCUUGCCGACCCUUGUGUGGCGUUUAGAGACAUCCUAUAUAACUACAUGUACUUCAGAGCCUGAUGCUGCUAGUAGAGCCGUCAGCCGUUCUAUUAGCCCGGUAGUUCAAAAGAGAAGUGAUCUUAAUUCCUCUAUCGUGACUUCAUUUCAACAUUUGAUGCUUUGUAUUUUUUAUUGCUCUGUGCAUUUCUGUAUUUGCAGUCCUGCAAGGUGAAUCUUAGAGUAUUUUUUAUUUGACCUGUUAGAAACUCUGGUGCUGGUGAGCCGGCGGCAGGUUGGACUGAACGUCAACCGAAGAAGAGAAGAGGACACAGAGACAGAGCGAAGUGUGAUUGUCACGUCCUGGAAUCAGUAGGACUCUAAUAAACAGGCCUUAACGGGGACCACUCCGCACGGCGAGGCGUGAUCUGCCCUCCCUGCGCUCACGGAGAAGCUCCCGCCUCCCGGGGGCUUUCUCGCUUCCGUUCGGUUCCGUUCGGUUUUCAUUUUUCUGUGGCUGCUGCGUUGCUGUGUGAGAUGUGAAUUCGGUGCAUUAGAGUUCAAUUUCAAGACGACCUGAGUUACAGCCGGUGUGACCGGCUGCUGUGUGUGUGUGUGUGUACGCGAGCAAACGUGUGUGUGUGUGUGUGUGAGAGAGAGAGAGAGAGAGAGUGUGUGAGACGACAGGUAAAGAAGAAAAAGAUGUUGAGGAGAAGACCUGUACUGUACACAAAGGGUUAAGUUUUAAUCAAACAAUAAAUGUGAUUUCAGACAUU